CAAAGUCCUAGUUACGGCUCUGCCUAUAGCCAGAGUCGGUAGAUUAAUCUACCGACUCUGCUAUAGCUAAUGUCAACCAGUGGCCGAAUACUGGUACAGUACUUGAACGAGAGUUUAUGCCUCUCCAACACGUGCGACUAAAUAUCCAGAUGGCACAACGCGCUGAUUGGUUAGCUGAAUGACGUCAACCCAUCGAAAUAGGAAAUGUUGAUCGAUUAUAUUUUGUGGUCGUCAGAAGUCAUGCCGAAAUAUAUUAUUUUUUUUAGUUGUAAUAUGGAAAAAAAACUAUAACUGGCAAGUGGCAACGUGUGUAGGAAACGAAGAUGGCGGCUUCCAAUACUAACCAAGAAGAGAUAACAGAUGAUACAAUUAAUAAAAAAAUCGAACCUGGAGUUGUUUAUUUAAGUUACAUACCUCCCUAUAUGACUGUUAAACAAAUCAGAGAGUAUUUUUCAAAAUUUGGUGAGAUUGGAAGGAUUUAUUUGCAACCAGAAAAGGGUAAUUCUAAAACAAAAAAAUUUUCGGAAGGAUGGAUUGAGUUUAAGAAUAAAAGGAUUGGCAAAAGAACGGCUUCCAUGCUGAAUGGAAAUCAAGUUGGAGGCCGAAGACGAGCUCCUUACUAUCAUUGCCUAUGGAGUAUUAAAUAUCUUCAUAAAUUUAAGUGGUAUCAUUUAUCAGAAAAAAUAGCAUACGAAAGAGCAUCCAGAAGCCAGAAAAUGAGAGCUGAAAUAUCUCAAGCCAAACAAGAAAAGGAAUGGUUUAAAAAGAUGUUGGAAGUAAAAAGGAGACUCAAAACUUAAUUGUGUAUAUACAAAUUGUAAUUUAUUGUUAAUAAAUAUGUAUUUUUCAGAA